AUGGCUGAGGCUUUGCUCAUCUUCGCAGCCAAAGGAAUCCUGGAAAGGUUGCUUUCCCUAGCAAAAGAUCAGAUUGACAGUAAGAUCAACAAUCAGAUUAACCUGGCAUGCAGUUUCAAGAAAGACCUCGAAGAGCUCUGUGGAACUUUAGAAAUCAUUCAGGCUAUGUUACAUGAUGCUGAGAACCGGAAGAUAACAUCAAAAGUGACAAUGGUGUGGCUGAAGAAUCUCAAGGCUGUUAUCUGUGAUGCUGAGAAUGUGUUGGAUGAAUUGGCCUACGAAGCUCUUCGAAGAAAGAUUGAGGUACAAAACUCAAUUCUGAACUCAAUUCUGAACAAGGUGCGCAAUUGGAUUUCCCUCUCUAAUCCAUUUUCAUUUCGUUCCGAGAUGGCUAAUAAGGUCAAGGACAUAAAUACACAGUUCGAAAUAAUUGGGAAACAAGCACGUGAUAUCGGUCUUAGACCAGCUGAGCAACUCAUAGGUGCUAUUAAUUAUGAACCUAGGGAAUUCAGGCUGACUCAUCCUUUUAUAGAUGAUAAACAAGUAGUGGGGAGGGAUGGUGACGUUUCGGCAGUGGUAGAUAUGUUACUUGGCUCUGACGUAGAAGGUGAUUUACCUGUCACUGCCAUUGUAGGAAUGGCUGGGCUAGGAAAGACAACUCUAGCUCAAGCAGUUUACAAAAAAGUGAAAGAUUUGAAUAAUUUUGAAGAGAGAAUGUGGAUUUGUGUAUCUGAUGAUUUCAAGGCAGUAAGGCUUUUGAAUGAGAUGGUGCAAUCUCUUACUGGAGAUAAAUCUGAGACACCAAACAUUGAAGGAGUAGUGAGAAAGCUUACAGGAAAACUAAAUGGGAAAAAAUACUUGCUCAUAUUAGAUGAUGUUCGGAAUAAACAUCCAAAUUUAUGGGUAGACUUGAGAAAUUCUUUGAUAGGAAUAGGUGGCUCUAAGAAAAGCAGAAUUUUAGUAACUACCCGUAGUAUGGAUGUUGUAUUAGCAAUGCGAACAUCCCCAUCUUGCACCCAUCAGUUGACGACACUAUCGGAAGCUGAUUGUUUGGCAAUGUUUAGGAAAAGAGCAUUUGCCAGUGGCGGACCAAGAGAAAGUCAAACGUUAUUGGAUAUUGGUAGAAGAAUGGUUGAAAAGUGUAAGGGUGUGCCAUUAGCCAUAAACUCAUUAGGAGGUCUACUGUACUCUAAGCUAAACGAACAAGAAUGGGAGUCCAUCGAGAAGAGUGAAACAUGGAGUUUACUGGAAAAUGAAAAGGGAAUUUUUUCAGUAUUGAGGCUUAGUUUUGACCAUUUAGCGUCACCAUCUUUGAAACAAUCAUUUGCAUAUUGUUCUAUUUUCCCAAAGGACCAUGUCAUUCUGAAGGAUGAGUUGAUUCAACUUUGGAUGAGUGUAGGAUAUCUUAAAUCUUCUCCAGGAGGCAAGGUGGAAAUGGAAAAUUUAGGCAAUGAGUACUUUCAUAUCUUGUUGCGCAAUUCGUUAUUCCAGGAAGUGAAAUUUGAUGAGUACAACAAUAUCACAAGUUGCAAGAUGCACGAUCUAGUCCAUGAUCUUGCACUCCGUGUCUCACAGGGUACUUGUUUAACUUUGGGAGCUAGUGAGGAGGAGAAUUAUUCCGAUGUUCAACAUUUGUCGUUUUUUACAAAAGAAACACAGUUAGAUUUAUCAAAAGAAAAUGUUGAAAAACUAAGGACGCUAUUGUUAAAAGGACAUCUCCCCUAG